AUGCUUUUGGCUGCUGAGGCGCUGGGUUUUGCCCUGCCGCCUGGAGUCGCUCUAGUGCUAUGGCUUAUAAUUAUUGGAAUUGUAUACCUUGUUUCAAUCCCAAUCUACAAUGUCUGGUUCCAUCCCCUUCGAAAGUAUCCAGGCCCUAGGCUGUGGGCCGCCACUCGAAUCCCUUACACUCGUAUGAUCUUCUCUGGCAUGUCUCACCGGAAAAUCCUUGAACUACAUCAUCGCUAUGGUGAUAUUGUGCGAGUAGCACCGGAUGAGUUGGCCUACUGCAAUAGCGAUGCUUGGAAUGAUAUCAUGGGCCAUCGAAAACGUGGCCAAGGAGAAAAUGGCAAAGAUCCAAUCUUCUGGAAGACACAGCAACACAGUAUCAUCAGCGCCAACCGCGAAAAUCACACUCGAAUGCGGAGAACCCUGGCCCACGGAUUUUCAGCUCAGGCAAUGAUGGAUCAGCAGCCUCUUAUCCAAGGAUACGUCGAUAUGUUGAUUAGCGGACUACGAAAGAACUGCGACGAUGGCAAGCGGCCUGUGGAGAUGACAUCUUGGUAUAACUGGACGACAUUCGACAUCAUCGGCGACUUGGCCUUUGGAGAGCCAUUCGGUUGCUUGCAAAACUCUGACUACCACCCUUGGGUGUCACUGGUAUUCCAAAGAGUUCGCGGGGGCGCAAUCAAUAACGCUUUGCGCCGGUUUCCCUUUGGAGAAAACCUUAUUCAACUUCUCAUCCCAAAGGAGGCACGCAAAAAGUUCCAUAUGUACUUUCAAAUCACACAAGAAAAGGUCAACAAAAGGUUAGCCAACACCAGCCCACGAGCAGAUUUCAUGGAAGUUAUGGCUAGAAAGGAAGGAGACAUGAAAUUCUCUUAUCCCGAGCUUUUGGAUAAUGCAAGUUUGCUUAUUAUUGCUGGAUCGGAAACAACCGCGACGACUUUGUCUGGAGCGACCUAUAUGUUACUCACCCACCCCGAAAUCUUGCAGAAGGUCAAGGACGAAGUGAGAUCGAGCUUCUCAAGCGAAGCUGAGAUUGAUCUUCUUAGCGUACAGAAGCUGAGCUACAUGAUGGCGGUGCUGCAAGAAACGCUGCGCAUGUAUCCUCCAGUUCCAGCUACCAUACCGCGCAAGGCACAGCCUGGUGGCGACAUGAUAUGUGGACAGUAUGUUCCAGAAAACACUAUCCUGGGGAUUUGGCAAUGGCCAAUGUAUCACAAUGCAAAGCACUUUACCUUGCCCGAUUCCUUUAUCCCGGAACGAUGGCUGGGAGAUGCCCGGUUUUCGAAUGACUGCCAUGAAGCGCUUCAGGCAUUCUCGUAUGGACCCAGAAACUGCAUAGGAAAGAAUCUUGCAUAUGCCGAGAUGCGCUUGAUUCUGUCAAAGAUUUUGUGGAAUUUCGACAUCAGUCUGCAUCCCGAUAGUACAAAUUGGUAUGAGGAACACGAGGUUUAUACAUUCUGGAAAAAGCCAAAUCUGAAUGUGUAUAUCAAACCGAGAGUGGUUGUAUAG